CCCAGCUCUGCAGAACGAAGAUCUACAGUCUCCAGUUUAGAAAAUUACAUGCCAAACCGACCAGAAGCAACUGCACUUCUCAGCAGACCUCGUAUGACUGUUUGGUGAAGGCUCCGCCGGUCUGCACAGGUCACCUCCCUUGGAACUCCGCGACUGAACGUGGGAGCCAGCCCUCGGCCCCACUGCAGUCGGAAGGUUACAGCCGCGGGAGCCCUGGCGGCGGGGCUGCGGCCCAGGAAGGAGCAGCAGUGCCCGGGCUCUUCUUGCUUUUGCAGAACUCACAACAUCUCUCUUAAAGAAAUUUGUAGUCAGAACUUUAUGCUGCAUUUUUAUUCAGGAAAGAAGCAGAAGAGAAGAGUGUUAUCUCCUAGGAAUCUAGCACUGGAGAAACGAGGAAAAUUCUUCCAAGGAUGGUCUCCCACUCAGAGUUGAGGAACCUCUUCUGUGCAGCUGAUGCAGUAUGCUUUGAUGUCGACAGCACAGUCAUCAGAGAAGAAGGAAUUGAUGAGCUGGCCAAAUUCUGUGGAGUUGAGGAUGCUGUGUCAGAAAUGACACGGCGAGCCAUGGGCGGGGCAGUGCCUUUCAAGGCUGCCCUCACAGAGCGCUUAGCUCUGAUCCAGCCCUCCAGGGAACAGGUGCAAAGGCUCAUAGCAGAACACCCACCACACCUGACCCCUGGUAUAAGGGAGCUAGUGAGUCGCCUUCAAGAGCGAAAUGUUCAGGUUUUCCUAAUAUCUGGUGGCUUUAGGAGCAUCGUGGAGCAUGUUGCUUCAAAGCUCAAUAUCCCACCAACCAAUGUAUUUGCCAACCGGCUCAAAUUCUAUUUUACUGGUGAAUAUGCAGGUUUUGAUGAGAUGCAGCCAACAGCCGAAUCUGGUGGGAAAGGAAAAGUUAUUAAACUUUUAAAGGAAAAAUUUCACUUUAAGAAAAUAGUCAUGAUUGGAGAUGGAGCUACAGACAUGGAAGCCUGUCCUCCCGCUGAUGCUUUCAUUGGAUUUGGAGGAAAUGUGAUCAGGCAACAAGUAAAGGACAAUGCGGAAUGGUACAUAACUGAUUUUGUAGAGCUUCUGAGAGUACUGGAAGAAUAAUAUCAAUUUUUGUACAGUUCAUAACUUCAGGUUAAUUUUAAAAGGUUAUACAGUUUGAUACUGUUUGCUUACAAUUGCCUAUUACAACUUAAUGUAUAAAUUCAGUAUUGAUUAUCUGUACUUCCAAGUAAACCAUAGUUACGGCUCCUAGAAAAUUGCUUUUUUUAACGUAGGUCCAGUAUUAUUAUGACCAUUCCACCUGGAGAGUUUUAUAAUCUGAAUUCUUUAUGUAUUUUCCUGGCUAUAUUUUAUUUGAAGCCUUUGAAAGAUGGACACUAAAUUAAACACCUUCACUACUGGAAAUAUGGAUUAGGCAGUGAAUUUAGGUGAACACUGGUUUUCCCUUUGGCAUAUAAAUAAAAGUUUAUCUAUGUAUCAGAA